AUGGGCAAAGCUAGCGGGCACGGAAGUAGUUCUGUGCGGCCUAUUAGAGAGUGCAUUAGCAGUGAGGCAGCAAAAGCCUCUGUCCUCCCCGUCGCCAAAGAGUCCUCUCCCCCGGAGUCUUGUAGCGCUUCCUGCCUGAACGACGAAGACAGCUGCUCUGUCUCUUCCGCUGAAAGUGAAGUGGAUAUUGAUGUCAUUUUUCAAGACGCGACUCGUCUUGGGUGGACUGGCCCGCAGCUGGACUGUCGCGGCUCGUCACGGGGGAGUCUGGGCAGUAUCUGUCUUCCCACCGCACCUCACUUUUCGGCCCCAAAGUUGUGGGUUGGCCUUGGAUCAGGGAAGACUGCUGCCGCUGCGGCCGGACUCGGGGGCCUCGCAGCUGCGGGGAAGGAACUGGAUUAUUGCCAUACUGAGUUCGACGUCUCCGUGGACUCUCUCUUCGACCAGAGACAGAGUCUCAUGGAGGCGGCGGCGGAUCUCGAGGCAUCUAUGGAAGCCGAUCCACUGCUGGUGUGUAGAAUAAAACAACUAGGGGUUGCGAAGGCCAUCUCACAACUCUAUCCCGAUGCCCAGUGGCCUGGCGAAGUUCCACUAAUCACGUGCCUGCUGAGCCGCGCAUACGCGAGAGCCGGAUACGAGGAACAAGCCCGGUGGCAUGUGGAGUGUGCCGCCGCGUUGUUGAACGCUUUAGGCAUCGACGAUGCUCAGAUUGCAUGCAGUGUUAUUUUACAGAAUUCGUCGGCUUCUGCCAGCGACAACACUUCUGCUGCGCCUCGUGGCGUGCUGGCUUCAGGGUUGCCGGAGGAGGAACCAUCUAACGCAACCGCUACAGAGUCGAUUGGACCCAGUGAUUCGCUUGCCGACACCAGCAUGUUGUGUCCCCCGCGCACCGGUGGUGACGAGCUUUCGGACGAUCUGCUGCUUAUGGAGUUCUUCUUUUCGCUUGCUGAGGCGCUGUUUGCAUCCCGAUCGUUCACCAAAGCCAUCGGCGGCUUCUUUAAAGCCAUCAAACACGCCGACAGGGCGCUAGCUAGACUCGGAGAAGCAGGCCGGGUGCAAGAAGGCCAUGCUGGCGAGAUGCACGGGUCCUCUUCGCUCUCGAUCCAGUCCGGGAACCGUCUCGCUGCUGGGAGUUCGAAGCUGGAGGUAUCGGAUUCCGCUCCACUUGGACCGGGGGACCGUGAAGCCUCUGAAGAGGUGCAUGCAGCCGUGCGUAAGCUGGAGCUAAGGAGAGCAGAACUCUUGACGGGUGUAGUCGAGGCCUCCCUUCGAGUAAAGGAAGUCGAGGCUAUUCGCCAGAGCAUUGAAGCUGUCGAAACCUUCUCGAGGCUAUGUGGUUCCGGAUGCGUAAAGACUCUACAAGCGAGAUAUCUCGCUGCAAAGAUGCGUGACCACGUCGGCGAGACUCCUGCGGCCGUGCAAGAGCUCACCGAGAUUAUUCGAAGAUGCACAAUCGUGGAAAUGGGAAUGUCGGAGUCUCCGUCCGGGGACUUGCCUGCCUCUCCCGCCUGUUCCGACUUCGAGAUUGCCAGCGAGGAGGGGAGAACAGCGACGCCUUGUUCGCUGGACACGGAGUCUGUUCCCUCGCAGGAAGGGUUCGAAGGCUCUCCGGAAAGCCUUCCGAGCGAAGCGCCUUUUGAUGCGGCACGCCUCUCUACUUCUUUGCAACUUCGCGUCGAACUUUUGAUGAGCGCCACGUUGACAGCAGUUGAGUGGAUCACAAAGUUGCGGAGCGAGGCCCAACUCAACGCCGUGAAAUUCGCCUGCUCCAUCUUCAACGCCCUGGCGAUCCAGUCCGUAGAGAACCUCCGGAACCAGCGAAGCCGACGACGCGCCAUCAGGGACCAGCGGCGAAACCGACGAGUUGCGAAUCGCUGGCGAACUGCGAAAACGACAAAGAUGCAACCCGGCGACGGCGCCCAAGACGCGCUUGACGCUCGCCAACAGCCGGAGAUAAGCGAGGCGACUUCAGAGGACUCCGAGGGCGACCACAGCGCGUCAGAAGAUGACGCAAGACGGCAGAAAGCGCAGGACGAUGAACAAAACGGCCGCGGAGGCUUUGCCGGGAGUCUCGUUCUCCUAGGGCGCAGCCUGCUUUCUCUUUUGCGAACUCGCGACAUGCGGGAGGGAGAAAGGCAAACCCUAGAACUCCUCAUACAGUUUUCGAACUUGAAGUUCGGCGCGGAUUCCGGUAUGCGGUUCCGGGGAGCCCGGAAGAAUACCCGCCUGCGCUGCUGA